GGAUGCACUGCGCGGCAAUAUGAGGAUCUUCGACGUGGCAAAGGGCUAUUUCGUUGCCAUCACCUCUCUCUUCGCUGGCGCAACCGUGGUGCACUAUAUCCUGAAGCCUGACCUGACGCUCCCUGUCCAAGAGUACCUGUCAGACGCGCCUGCAGCUCCAGCCCCUGCUGACACGCCAGCGCCAGCGGCGCCCAGUAAGGCCUAGGGCGGUUGCAAGGACAGAGCUCUACAGUACAGCUAUCCUGCCCACCCGCAUCGGCGCGCUCGUACUACCCUGCCGCCGUCGCUUACGGCUCGUCACCAGAUAAAGUCAACAAGCAGCCGCAGAAGCAGCGACUGUAGCGGAACCACCAGCAUCCUUAACAGCAGCAGUAGCCAACAUGCCCCGCGUGGCAGGUGGCAACGGGCCAAUGCGGCGGCCGGCGGCCCCACCCGGCGUCGCCGGCGGCGGCGGCCCCGGAGGCGUGCAGGUGUUUUCCAACCACAGCAGUGACGACGAGGGAGGCAUGGGAGUCAGUGGAGGAGCAGGCGCAGGUGGAGGAGGAGGAGGAGGAGGAGGAGGAGGAGGAGGAGGAGGCUGGGAGCGAGGCAUGGGCAAGCCGCCGGGGGGCGGAGGAGGCGGAGGAGGCGACACGCGUGCGUGGCAGGGCGGCGGCGGCGGCAGUGGCGGUGGCAGUGGAGGCGGGCAGUCGGAGCAGGCCGCCGCGGCGCUGUUUGAGCGCUACCUGGCGGCGGGCGGCAUGCAGGGAGAUGACCUGGGCAAAGACCAGGUGUUUGAGCAGGGCCUGAGCCGCGUGCGCGCCUGCCUGUCCAACGUGGACAGCUCCUGCUGCCUCAUCUGCCUCAACCACAUCGCGCCCACCGAGGCGGUGUGGCACUGCGGCCGCGGCUGCCACACAGUGCUGCACCUGGUGUGCAUACAGGAGUGGGCGCGUAGUCAGGUGGACGCGGCCAAGGCCAAGGCGGCGGCGCGGCUGAGUCAGUUCCCCGCCGCCGGCGACGCCGCCGCCGCCGCGGCCGAGUGGGGCUGCCCCAAGUGCCGCGUUACCUACCCCGCGGCCGGCAUACCCAGCACCUACACAUGCUUUUGCGGCAAAGCCACCAACCCCGAGUUCGACCCAUGGGUGGCCCCGCACUCGUGCGGCGAGGUGUGCGGCCGGCCCCUGCCCGGCGGCUGCGGCCACACCUGCCUGCUGCUGUGCCACCCCGGGCCCUGCCCGCCCUGCCCGCUGGUGGUGGACGCGGGCUGCUACUGCGGCGCUCGGCGGCUGAAGCGGCGGUGCGGGCACCACGAGUUCAGCUGCGAGGGUGUGUGCGGAGCCAAGCUGGAGUGCGGGCACAGGUGUCCGGACAUCUGCCACCCAGACGACUGCGCCCCCUGCGCCGUGCCCGGCGACUUCCGCUGCCGCUGCGGCGCCGAGGCCCGGCGGCGCGGCUGCGGCGAGCGCGAUUGGCAGUGCGGCCGCGUGUGCGGCAAGGCGCUGGGCUGCGGCAGCCACGUGUGUGAGCGGGUGUGCCACGCCGGCCCCUGCGGCGAGUGCCCCUUCGCGGGCGUGCGCACCUGCCCCUGCGGAAAGGUGGAGCACGUGGGCAUGGGCUGCACGGACAAGGUGCCCAGCUGCGGUGCCACGUGCGGCAAGCUGCUGCCCUGCGGCGUGCACACCUGCGCCGACCGCUGCCACCAGGGCGAGUGCAGCGCGCAGUGCCGUGGGCCCGCCGUGAAGAGCUGCCGCUGCGGCAAGAGCCAGAAGGAGGUGCUGUGCUUCCAGGAGUUCACGUGCGAGCGGCGCUGCAACGACAUGCGCGCGUGCGGCCGCCACCCCUGCAAGCGCCGCUGCUGCGACGGCAACUGCCCGCCGUGCGAGGAGGUGUGCGGCCGCUGGCUCAAGUGCCGCAACCACCGCUGCCCCGCGCCCUGCCACAGCGGGCCCUGCAGGCCCUGCCCGCUGAGCAGCACCGUGACGUGUGCCUGCGGCCGCGCCUCCUGCACCCUGCCCUGCGGCGCCGAGGACAAGGCCGAGCCGCCGCACUGCGCCGCGCCCUGCGCCGUGCCGCGCCUGUGCCGGCACGCGCCCUCGCUGCCGCGCCACCGCUGCCACUUCGGGCCCUGCCCGCCCUGCCCGCAGCCCUGCGCCACGCCGCUGGAAUGCGGCCACGCCUGCUCCGUGCCCGGGUGCCACGACCCGCCGCCGCCGCCCGUGCCUGACUUCGUGAAGCCGGCGGCGCCGAAGGCGCCGUCAGUGGCGGCGGCGGCGGCGGCGGCGGCGGCCGCCGCCGCUGGCAGCGACGGAGCCGUCAGUGCGGGUAACAGUAAGAAGAAACUGAAUGCGGCGGCGGCAGUGGAGGUGGCGGCGGCGGCGGCGGUGGCGGCGCCGGCCAGCCUGGCGGCGCAGAUGCUGGCGGCGGCGGCGGCGUCCGGGCAGAUGCCCAGCACCUGCCCGCCCUGCUCCGUGCGGCAGCAGGUGGCCUGCGUGGGCGGCCACACCAGGCUCGACCUGCCCUGCGCCUCCGCGCGCCCCUUCGCCUGCGGCGCCGCCUGCGGCCGCCCGCUCAGCUGCGGCAACCACUCCUGCGCGCUGCCCUGCCACGCCGUCGCAUACGACCCAAUCACCAUCGCGCGCGCCGCCGCCGCCGCCGCGGCCGGCGGCGCCGCCGCCGCCGACCCCUCGCUCCCGCGCCCCUGCCGCCAGUGCGAGUCGCGCUGCGACCGGCCGCGUCCCGCCGGCUGCGCGCACGCCUGCCCGUUGGCGUGCCACCGCGGCCCCUGCCCGCGCUGCGAGGCUCCGAUACGGCACGGCUGCAUGUGCGGCAAAUCCACGCUGGCGGUGGCCUGCGCGGAGCUGGGCGCGGCGGCGGCGGCGGUGGCGGCCGGCGGCUCGGCGGCGGCGCUGUCGUGCGGCAAGCCAUGCCACAGGCAGCUGCCCUACUGCCCGCACCCUUGCAAGGCGCUGUGCCACGCCGGCGCCUGCCCCGACCCCUCCGCCUGCGCCGCCGAGGUGUCGGUGCGCUGCGCCUGCCCCGCCAAGCGCCGCGCCAAGUGGCGGUGCAGCGAGGUGCAGGCGGCGCUGGUGGCGUCGGGCCGCCCGCGCGUGUACGACGACUCGGCCCACGCGCCCCGCCUGCUGCCCUGCGACGCCGAAUGCGAGAAGGCCCGCGCCAAGGGCGCGGUGGCGGGCGGCACCGCCACCACUGGCAAGGCUGGCGCUAAGGGUAGCACCGGAGCCUUGACCACAUCUGCAAGCGUCGACUCGGUCGGCGAAGAGGCUGUGGCGGCGGCGGCGGCGGCGGGCACCACGGCGGCCGCGGCAGCGGCUGCUGCUGGUGCCGGCGCCGCCGCCGGGGACAAGAAGCAGGGCAAGCUGACGCGUGCGGAGCGCGAAGCGCUGGCGGCGAAGAAGGAGGCGGACCGGAAGCGGCAGGAGUGGCGGCACGCGCUCAUCCGGGGUGUGGUGCUUGGGCUGCUGGUGCUGCUGGCGGCGGCGCUGGCACUGGGCAUGCGGUCGCUGCUGCUGGCGCUGGAUGCGCGGGCGAGGGCGGCGUGGGCGCCGUCCAAGGUGUAGGGAGGGAGGGGGAGGGGGAGGCGAGGCGGAUUUGGUGGAAGAGGUGGGGACUGGGGAGGGGUGUGGUGGUGUGUGUGCGGUGUCAGUGAGCUGGUGGCAAGGGAGGGUGGAGGGAGCGCGACAGGCGCUGGUGGUGCGGGUGGAGUGGUGCUGAACCUGGUGUGUUUGGAGGGGGGUGAUGAGACAGCUGCAGGGUGGUGACAGGAGACACAGCGACCAGGCACGGUGUUGCAGGAUGAGUGCCGCUCUUAGUAGUACCGUACAGGCGAUCCCUUCCCGGGUUUUUUUAUGUGUCGUUCCAUCACACCUGGCGAGCAGCUAGCCUCACGUCGCUUGUGAGACGUGAUCGCACAGCAGGUAUCGAAAGCUGAUGGCCGGGCUGCAUGCAGGUUUGGCGGCAGAGCAUUGCGGAACGUGCAUCAGCGAAGUUUGGUGGCAGAGCGAAAUGGCACCGGGGGUCUGGGCCAGGGCCCACAGCAAAUAUGAGGUCGUACUGUGGGGAGAGGUUGUGGGCUUAACGGCAGUGCGUUGUUGAUAAACCUCAAUCCCGGUCGGACCUCGUCCAGAGGAGGAAAAUGGCAAGUAUAAGUGCAGACCCGAGAGGAGGUAUGGCUCGGGGUGUUGUUCUCGAUGCGCGCUGGAUGCUGGGAGUGUGUCAGUGUUUGCCAGUGCGUCCUCGAUCCGGCUGGUCGAAAAGUUGACGCGUGCGGAGCGCGAAGCGCUGGUGGUGAAGAAGGAGGCGGACCGGAAGCGGCAGGAGUGGCGGCACGCGCUCAUCCGACAUCCGGGGUGUGGUGCUUGGGCUGCUGGUGCUGCUGGCGGCGGGGCUGGCACUGGGCAUGCGGUCGCUGCUGCUGGCGCUGGAUGCGCGGGCGAGGGCGGCGUGGGCGCCGUCCAAGGUGUAGGGAGGGAGGGGGAGGAGGAGGCGGAUUUAAUGGAAGAGGUGGGGACUGGGGAGGGGUGCGGUGGUGUGCGUGCGGUGUCAGUGAGCUGGUGGGAAGGGAGGGUGGAGGAAGCGCGAAAGGCACUCGCUGGUGGUGCGGGUGGAGUGGUGCUCUACUAGGCGUGUGGAGAGGGGGGGGGGACGGCUGCAGGGUGGUGAGUGGUGACAGGGGACACAAGAAGGAGGCGAACGGGCACGGUGUUGCAGGGUGAGUGACGAGUGUUGCGGAACUAGUGCGUACGUAGACCAGAGCGGAAGGCGGAGUGGGCUUGCAGGCGGCACGAGAGUAGGCAGUCAGUAGCGCAAGUUGCGAAUUCACAUGUUACCUCGUAACCGACGGUA